UUUCAUCAUUUAGACUCAUUGUCAGUGGUUUUAGUAAAUAUAAUGACAUGAAUCUGUAGUAUUGGGAUUAUAAAAUAACGGGAAGCAAUAUGUGUGAAAGACACCUGUAGCAGUGGCGAAUGGCAAGUCGUGGUGGGAUUUAUUCUGAUAAGAGAAAGAAGGAGGUGAUACCACAAUAUUUUGUGAAAGAAGCUCGACAUCAUCCAGACGGUUUCACAGUUUAUAAAGUCAUUCGUAGGGUGCCUGAUCCUACUUCGUUCGACUGUUUUAAAGAGAGUUUUGUUUGGAAACGAUACAGUGACUUCAAAGAUCUAUAUAAAUGUCUCGUUUUAUUGCACAAAAAACUUUUUCUUAAUGGAAAACCACCAGAGUUUGCAAAACCGAAGUUGUUUGGUCGCUUUGAAGAGAGUGUUGUCCGAGAAAGACAGAAAAGUGCAGAGGAUGUGUUGAAUUUUGCAACCCAGCAUCCACCUUUAUGCAGAUCAGUUGCUUUUAAAGAGUUUUUUCAGUACCUUCAGCCCAUCGACUCAACUUCUGAAAUUCGUUAUCUCAAACAAUCUCCAUUGAAACCAAGUAAAGAAAAGAAAGAAUUGGAUGACAGUGACAAUUUGCUGCAGUCAGAUCAGACAACAAAAUCACAAUUGUCUCAUAGAGAUUUGGAAUUAUUUGAUCCAUUUCUUACAACCAAAGAGUUUAUUGAAUGUACUUCAACUGAUCAAGACCAGAAUUGGAUAGAACAAAUAAAGAAGGCUUUCCCAUCAUCAAGUAAUACAAAUCCUGACUCACCUGAUCUUUCAUACAAACGUAGGGAGUUGGAUCCAGAAGAAUUACUUGAAGCUCUUAAAGUUUCUGUUUCUCAGGGUGAAUUGGAAAAUUAUCAUCACCAAAGCCAAAAUACUCACGAUAAAAAGUUGACUUGUAAUGAUCAACUUGGACCGCAUUCAUCAUCAAUGCAACCAAAGAUGGAUUUGGAAGGUUUAUAUCCAAAUACGAAUUCUCGUGAACAGCACAGGAAGUCAUCGAAAGCAAGUGCGUAUUUAGAAGCUGUCAUUAGAAGAAACAGACUUGCGUCAGAGUCUGAAAGCGGUAUUGCUCAGAGCACUGGAAAUCAGAAUGUUACAGAAAACAGAAACAGUAGCUCUGCUUUAAACCAACCAGCUAGAAAUGGACUUACCGGUAGUCCUAUUGAUAAAUCAGCCUUUGGAUUACCAACAAGAAAUAGUUUGCUCGAUCUUCCAAAAAUGUUUAAAGAAGAAGGCAGUGAUGAUGAAAGCAGAGGAGCUUAUCUUCAACAAGCCGCUCAACAAAUCUCAUUUGCUCGUGCUGCUGAGGUUAAAUUGAAUUACGAAGAAUCAUUCGGACAUUAUAAAGCUGCAAUUAAUACAUUGUUACAAGGAGUACAAGGUGAUACCAAUGAAUCUCGAAUUCAAGCUGUUCGUAGAAAAACUGCAAGUUAUCUCAAACGUGCUGAAGAUAUACAUUCAAACUAUCUUAAAACAACCAUUGAUACUAAUGAUCUAUGGAAGCCUGAUGCGACUGAUCCAAACUCAUCAUCACCUCGUCCUGGUAUCAUAUAUCCCAUCGAUGUACAAAGAAGGAGAAGAGAUACGUCAUCACCUGUACCGUCCAUACCUAGUCCGAGACAUAAUUCAAAAGAUUUGUCAUGUUAUAAAGUUCUAGGAACUGUUGGGAAAGUAUUGCUUGUGUUGGAUACAAGAAACAAUGAAUCUUAUGCUAUGAAAAUUCUUACAAAAUCUUGUCAAAAUCGAUUACGAAAAGGCGUGAUUCCAACAAAUGUACCAUUCAUGGUCAGAUUGCAUCGAUAUUACAGCACAGAACAUGCGGUUUGCUUGGUGAUAGAGCAUGCUUCAGGUGGUCGACUUUGGGAUCAACUUGCCCCUUAUUUUGAACUUGCAAGAACGAAGAAUGGAAUACCAAAAGCAGAAAAUACGCAAACAAAAGUUGAACAACUAAAGGAUUUUAAAAGGGAACUUUCAUCCACACCUAAAAAGGUUGGCAGUUACAAAGAUUCAGAACCUAAAUCUUUCAUCAAAAAGCAAAUUGACAAUCAGGUUUCAGACAAAGGUGAAAGCGAGGAAGAACAAUGCUCAUCAUCGUUCCUAGAUUUAUUUAUGGAAUAUCAAACCGAGGAUCCCAGUAAAAUAACGGUUUCUCAACAGAAUAUGGAGGAAAAAAGAAAACAGGAAAAUGAAAUUACUAAUGAAUCUCAUCCAAGCAGUAUAUCAGAUGCUAUUGAAUCCCCUGAUGCUGAUUCAUUUGCAGACAGACUACCCCUCUCGACUCAGAGCACUAGUUCAUCUGAGCCAAUACCUGUUCAAAGAACGUGGUCGUAUUUAAGUUGGGACGAGGGCUCAACUGCACCCCCUAACGAUGAAAAUGAACCACCAGCAGUGUUUGAAAACUCGUCGCAAGAAAAUUUUGGAGAAACAGAAUUACGAUUCGAUAGAGGAACGAAUUUUAAGAAGAUUUCUUCUCAAGGAGAUAUAAAACUAUUCACAAUAGAUCAGGAUGAAUAUGACGGUAUUGAAGCACCUGAUGUUCUGGAAGAUGAUAUCUAUGAUUCACGUUCUAACGACGGAUCUGAUUCUGCAGAAGAAUUGGAUGACAAAAAUAAUUUUCUUCAUGAGUUAUUGAGUGAACAAGAUUUGUCAGCUGUGUCUUUGCUUGGUGACAAAACGCUUCCCUCAAAUCUCAGUGACGACCAGGAUACUGAAGCUAGACGUUCGAGCUUAACAUUAUCCAGAGUGUUGGAUAUUUCAAAAAAUUCACCAUGUCUUUCUAUGAACAGUAGUUUCGAAGAAGACAGAAGAAAAAGCGAAGAAGAAAAAGAUUCGCGAAACCAAGGCCCUGUUUUAACUAGAGUUGUAGAUGAAAAUGGUGUAUCUUCGAUAGAUGCUAAAACUUUGUUCCGGACGCAUUCUCGAACGAGAUCCACAGCGUCAGCGAAUGAAAGUAAAUUAGUAGAAAAUAAGGAAGAUAAUAAACAAGGUGUUGUUUUGGAAGAGGAUGAACGUGAUAUAAUUGAUGAUGAUGAUGAUAUCAAUAAAAUACAUUCAAUAUUUGUAGAGAUGGAUAUAGCAAAGAAACAAAGCAUGUCAUACAGGAUCCCAGAAUCAACAGUCUGCAGGUGGAGUGCGGAAAUAAUAAUUGCUGUUGGUACAUUGCAUUCUAUUGCUAUUUUAUGUCGAGAUUUAAAUCCCAACAAUAUAUUGCUCACUGCUGAUGGUCGCAUCAGACUCUCGUAUUUUGGAAAAUGGAGACAAGUAGAACGAAAACCAUGUGAUAAACUCGCUGUCAAACAAAUGUAUGUAGCUCCUGAAAUGAGUAGAGUGGGAGAGAGAAAAACAGAAGCCUGUGAUUGGUGGAGUGUUGGUGCAAUUAUAUAUGAACUUUUAACUGGAACUCCUUUGUAUAUUGCUCAUCCGUCUGGAAUCAACAGUCAUACAGUACUGUCAUUACCUGAUCAUUUAUCACCAGAAGCAAAAUCAUUACUGAAUGGAUUGCUUGAAUAUUAUCCAACUCAAAGACUUGGUUAUGGUAUAAAGGGACUUGAUGAUCUCAUGGAUCACCCAUUUUUUAAAGACAUAGAAUGGGAUUUUUUAAUUGAAGAUUUUACUUCUGGUAGUUGACAUGAAUGUAAUUUUUAAAUCAUUCAAUUUUUGUUUUAUGCUCAAUACUUAUGGUUUCAUGCUUACUAAUUAAUAUUUUAGCUGACAAAACCGAUAUUACCAUAAUGUUGGUGGUUUUCAUAUUACUGUAUUUUACAGGCCAUACCGAUAUCGACCAUAAAUUGCUUGGAUUGGGUUUUUAUUUAUACAUAAGGUGAAUCGAACUAUAAGGUGUGACGGUUUUUAAAGCAAUACUGUACAACCAUACAGCUUUUGAGUGUAGGCCAGUGGUUCUCAAUCUUUUUUACUGUCAGAGCCAAAUUUCAAACCGUAAAGUUGUAAGGAGCCGCAUAAAAACAAAUUAAAAUAGCUAGCAACAAAACAAAACUCAAGUCUGUAUUUUAAAAUAACAACAUCAACAAAACUCAAGGUAAAAACCAAUUUAAUGCUAAACGUAACAUCGGCUUUUAAUUUUGAACUCUGAAAAAGCGAGGUGCAAUCGUGAUGGAUGCAUUCUCUAGCAAUAUAUAUAUAAAACAAAACCUAGCUUCAUAUUUUCAUAAUUCUAUAUAUUUCAAUUUGAAAAUACUUCUCUUUUCAAUCAAAUUGAAACGCCUGAUUAUUUUUAUAAAAAGUGCGAGAUUUUUUGACCAUUUGGCUGACAUUUUGUCUUGACAAACAAACAGAUGAAUAAUUUGUUCAAAAAUACCUGAAACGUAGGCUAAACCUAGUGUGGAAAAACACUAUGACAUCAUAAUGAAAAUUUGCACUCAAAUCGGGAACAGCUACAAUGACAUCAAUUCAACUACCGCACUUCAGUCUUCCAAUUUCAAGUCAUUGAUUAAUUUUCACUGAAAAUUAUUCAUUUUUUAAAGAUAUUGAGGGCCGCAGGAAGAAUAGUUGAGAACCAUUGGUGUAGGCAAUAAAUAGGCAAAUCCAUACAUCAGGCGUAUUGGCUUAUAAGGCGCAGAAUCGAUUUUCGAAAAAAAAAGGUUUGCAAGUGCGCAUAAUGAUCUGUAAAAUACCGUACAAAACAUUCAUUUACUUCUUCCUUAAAGGCAAACAUUCAAAUCUUUUAUUAAUAAUCUGAUUCAUUCUUAAUAAUUUGUCUUAGUCAUCAGGUACACACGUUUGUUUACCAAGUGAGGCUUAUGGAGGGAGUAUCAUCUAGAUUUAUUCAAACACCAUAUAUUUUUAAGGAUGACUGGUUCUGUAGGAUUUUGAUAAAACUUGUUAUAAGCCUGUUAUUGGUAGAACCUAUUGUACUUGAUGCACUUCUUUAUUUUAUCAUUUCUUGUUAUUGAACUAUUUAUUGCAUUUGUAUCCAAGGGUAUCACUGGUAUAGGGUAUGGAGUAUCCCCAUCAGAAAAUGUUUCUACAGGGAUAUUGCAUAUGCCUUCAAUCUACAUGUAGAAAUAGGUAGGUAAUACAAGUAAGAAAAGUAAAUUUGAAUAGCUAAUCUCGACAAAUUAAUGUGUUUAUUGAAUGGAGACUUCGUAUACAAAAAUGACCAAUUGUAGACAUUAAUUUUUUUUACCUUUAUCUUCCAUGCUAGUGCUAUGCUUAAUAACAACAUUUUUGCUGAAUAUAAACUAUAUUCAAAUUUUUCAAUUAUUGUUGAAACCGAUUUUAAAAAAAUGAAUACGUACAUGUUAUGGAUGAUCAAAUCUAUGUUAUAUUGUAACUUAUAGCAAAUAAUUUCAAUAGCAAGGUUAUUUUUAUGGGAUUCAGAUAUAUACUUUUAAAUUACAACAAUUAAUUUGCCCUAAUAAUUGCGUGUUUUUGACUUUAGUAAUGUGCGAACAAAAUCAUAUUUGUUAGAAAUGGGUUAAUCAUUGUCUAACAGCAGUGCAAAUGUGUACGGACGAUUUCAGGCAAUGCUUCAUAGCUUACUGCUAGAAAUAGUUCGUGAAAAUUUUCGUGUUUCAAAAGGGUUUAACAAAUUUUGUAUCUUUUCUGUUACCAUAGGCAUGUGCUAUCGAAGAAUUUUAAUCCUUGGCUUGAAUCGUGAACUACAUCAAUUUUUACUCUAAUAAAUUCUAUUGUCUAAGCUUAA